AUGGAACACCUAUAUUGUUGCACCAGCUGGUCGGGGCGUGAAAAUCCUACUUCUUGAUUUACAAAGGGCCGAUGAAACUGGACAUCAACUGCAAUUUGAAAUGCUGAAGUUUUGUUCAAGAUCAACUUUCGGUGGAGUUGGGUGGCGUCGGGUAGCCAUGUAAUUUUUGGCUGCUUUCUCUACUGGCGGUGCCUGAGGUUUCCUCUUAUCCAUUUUCUUUUCUGAAGUUUUCCGCCCUUCAGGGGAUUGGCGCUUUGGGAGGGUACAUGGAGAGGAAGCCGCAAAAUUCUGGAAGCAAGCACAGUUCACCUGCCAGACGGCAUCGAAAUUUGUGGAGACGAAGGAAACUUGCUUUAGUUUGUUUGGUUGAAGGGUCCUUGGCUAGAAGGAAGGCUGUGCAGCAAAAAUGGUGCAGGGCAGCUGGUGACCAAAAUCCAGUUGCGCAUUCAAAGCCCGUAGCUGCCACUGUGGAUUCUUCUUCCAAAUUGAAUGAGCUGUUGGAAACUAUACUUGGGGAUUCAACCUUGCCCUUCAGCGUCUUUUUUCAAAAAUGGCGCGACAGGGAGCAUGAUGCCAUUGGGCGAAAGCGGGAUGUUUUUCCAGUCCCGUAUGUCAAGUCAUGGCCAGAAGACAUUUCUUGCAGCGACUCACUUGGCACGGUUCGCGUUACCAUUGAACUGUUGUCUUUGUGGCUUGAACUUUUUGAUGAUGGACUUGAAGCUUGACAGGGCGCAGCAGGGGCUGAGGCAAACACCCACAGCAGCCCAGAAAGCAGUCAUCACUCGUGUCGCAGAACGUUGUGCUUUCUUUCUCUCACGCUUGGAGAUGGAAAUGCCGAAGGACUUUGACUGGCGCAGUGGAUUCAGCAAAUAUGAAGUGGAGCAAGCGGCUCAUGGCCUGAAGCUAGAGGCAGAAGCGGUUGAUGUUCCAGCUUGCGCAGGUACAUGUGACCCCUCCACUUUGCUGUCCCCAGAAGUUUUCCAAGCAGUUUCCAACCCAACAAACCUUUUCGAACAAAACCUCGACCACACUCUGCAGAUACCUGGCCCACGUGGAGCAGAACGGCGAGAAUACAUCAAGCUGGUGCUUCGUGAGCUGGACUGCAGCAAGCUUCGUUUGAGAACCCAUGUGAAGGCAGUCGCAGACGUUUUCGCUGUACCUAAGCCAACACCCGGUCGGCAGCGAGAGGUGUGGAAUGGUUCAACCAUUUCAGACGCAGCUGCUUGCCCACCAAAACCACGUUUUCUGGCAAACCCUGCAUGCUUUGUGGAUAUUCAAGCGAAGAAAGGUGAACAGCUGUAUUUUUCAAAGCGUGAUGUCAGCACUUGCUUUGACACAAUCAAAGCCCCUGACAGUUUGCAGAAGUGGUUUGGCCAGCCUCCGGUGACGCUGGGAGAGUUGGCAGCGCUGAGCGGCAGGAGUUUGCAAGACCUUUCCGUGUUUGUAUUUGACGACGACGAAAAGCCUCUUCAGCCGGACAAACUCCUUUUCCCAGCAAGUACAGUUUGGCGCAUGGGUUUCAGUUGGUCUUCGGCUGUUGCUCAAGACUGCACUGUAGCUUGCUGCCUUCGCAGCGGUGUGGCGGAAAGCGCGUUCAUGUGCAUGGAUCAACCUCUGCCGUUGAAUCAGCAAGAACUCUGUGGCGUCGCGACGGAUGACACUGUGUUUGUGCACCGUUCUCAAGAGCUUGCUGAGCAUCGGCUUGGCCGGCUAGAUGCAGCCAUGGAGGCAGCAGGCAUGCCCAAAAACCCAGCAAAAGAUGUGAACUGGGACUCGCACAUGGUGGCACUGGGGUGUGAGCUUUUUGCUAACCCACCAACUGCGGAGCCAAGUUCGGUGAAAGUGUUUGGUCUUUUUGCUGCUUUUAUCGGCCUUCUGCUUCAGCCGCUUACUUCCCCGAAGGCCUUAAGCAGAGCUUUGGGAGUCAAGCAAUGGUUCUGUUUGUUGCAGAGGCCGAUGUUUUCGGUUUUUGACAGUAUUUAUGAUUUUGCUGACGAGACAGCUCCCAACCAUAAGGUGCAAGUUUGGUUGCCCACGUCAGUGCGAAAUGAGCUAGCAGUGGCAACAUGUUUGAUGCCUUUGUUGGGCGCGGAUUUUUCUCGAGAAUAUUUGAACAAAAUCAUUGCAUGUGAUGCUUGCCCUGACUAUGGUUUUGGUGUUGCCAGCUUAGAUUGCAAACGAUCUGAUGCAGAGAGUUUCAGCCAGUUUGCAGAACGACAAGGUGACUAUAUUCGCCUCUACAGGCGUCCAGAUGAUCCACCGGAGAAAGAUCGAUUAGGUGUGCCUCACAGAUUGCCUUUUCACCAAGAGGAUUUCAGUAUAGUCAUCAGCAAACGUGCGUGCUGGCGAGCCCACUCUGGCAUCUUGGAAGCGCAUGGUUUGCUUCUUGCUGUCAAAUGGUUGUCGAGGUCUGCAAAGCACCAUGGCCAUCGGAUACCGCUCCUCAUCGACGCGAAAGCCAUUCUGGGAGCAGCAGCGAAAGGAGUGAAGCAGCGACAUCGGAAGCGCAAGACAGCAACGGCAAGCACGUCGUCGCGGUUUCUGAGACAUUUGGCAAAGCUGAAGCAGGCAAUGCCAAGGACAGACCCACGAUUUUUGUGAGUUUGGUCAGAGUUUCACCUUUGCACGUUUUUUGUCGUCGCCUUUGCCAUCAACGCUCAACUUGUAGUGGCCGGGAACUUUAGCGGUAUGUGAGCACUGACUUGCUUACAACUCCGACGUGCUGCCGGGGAGGCAUGGUUCUGCUGCUGCAGGUGUGGGCCACCGUGGUUUUGCCCCUGCCACGAGAUAAAUUUCUGUUUGCAUGCGCGAUAGAAUGAGUUUUUCGUUCGACCACUUUUGAUGUGGCCAGUCGCCAGUGUUGUGGGAUUGUUUUUGCUGGAAGGUGCAGUCGACAUGAUUUCUUGACAGAUUUGAGGAUUGUGCGUUCAACAGUUUUCAGCACUAAAGGGUGCUGAGGUCGAUCUUACAUACUACUGGUGGCAAGGCUGAAUUUAUUAAAACAAGAGCGCAUCCGUUCUGCCGGC